AUGUCAUAUACAGAUAAGUUCUUCCCUGAAGAACCGUCUGCCCCAAAGAUUGUAACAGAUAGCAUUCCUGGUCCAAAUGGUCAAAAAGCAAUCAAAUCACUUAAUGAAGUAUUUGAUGCUAGAUGCGUGUACUUCUUAGCUGAUUACAAAAAGUCCAUCGGGAACUACAUCGUGGACGCAGAUGGCAAUACUUUAUUGGACUGCUACGCCCAAAUCGCCUCCAUUCCACUUGGAUAUAAUAACCCUGAGCUCAUUAAGGUUGCUAAAUCUGACGAAAUGGUUUCUGCUAUUGUCAACAGAGCAGCAUUAGGAAACUUCACAGGAGUUGAGUUUGAGAAAAUCCAACGAAGCCUUUUGAAAUAUGCACCAAGAGGUCAAAGGUAUGUGUGGAAUGCUCUUUCAGGAGCAGAUGCCAACGAAUUGGCAUUCAAGGCUGUCUUCUUCAAUUACCAGUCCACGAAGAGAGGGUUCGAGAAGCCAUUUUCUGCCGAAGAGGAACAGUCAUGUAUGGAGAACGAAGCCCCAGGUAACCCUGAGCUCGCAAUUCUGUCUUUCGGAAGAGCUUUUCAUGGUAGAUUAUUUGCUUCUGGAUCAGUGACCAGAUCCAAGCCGGUUCACAAGAUGGAUAUGCCAUCUUUCAAAUGGCCAAAAGCAGAAUUUCCUUCGUACAAGUAUCCACUAGAAGCCAACGAGGAGUUCAAUCAAAAGGAAGAUGAAAGGUGCUUGUCCAUUGUGGAGGAGUAUUUCAAAACAUGGCACUGCCCUAUAGCCGGUGUUAUUGUCGAACCUAUCCAAUCUGAAGGUGGUGACAAUCAUGCGUCUGCUGUCUUUUUCCAGGGUCUGCGAGACAUCACAUUGAAGUAUGGCGCUAAGCUGAUUAUUGAUGAAGUCCAAACAGGAUGUGGUGCUACAGGUAUCAUGUGGGAACACGAGAGAUACAAUAUCACUCCUCCUCCAGACCUUGUUACUUUCUCCAAGAAAAUGCAAUCUGCAGGAUACUUCUUCAACGACCAAAAACUCAUUCCAAAUAUGCCUUAUAGACAAUUCAACACUUGGUGCGGUGAUGAAAAGCUGAUCAUGCUGGCUGCUGCCAUCUGCAAAGAAAUACAAGAAAAGAAUUUACUGACUUCAAUCAAGGAAACUGGCGAUUUUUUGUACCAAAAGCUCGAGGAUCUUCAAAAGAAAUACCCUGAUUUCCUGCAGAACUUAAGGGGGAAGGGAAAGGCUUGUUUCAUCGCAUUUGACAUGCCGUCCUCAGAAAAAAGGACGGAGUUCUUGAACAAGAUGCGCAUCUCGGGUGUCAAUAUCGGUGGCUGUGCAGACGUUGGUGUGAGACUUAGACCAACUUUGGUCUUUGAAAAGAAGCAUGCACAAAUCUUGGUGGAUGUCCUCCAAAAAGUUCUUGCAACUUUGUGA